GAAAAUACAUAAGGGGGUGGAUAAAAGAAGAGCCCGGGCGUCAAUUCGACCCUAACAAAUCGCUGUCUUCAAAAAACAGAAAGAUUCAUGCGGAAUGGGCAGAAAGAGAUGUUCCUUCUUCGUUUUGUGAUUUCAAACCACCAUUUACCCAAUAUUAUUGCUGUGAAGCGCUUCUGAAAACCCUUGAUUUUGACUUUUGGAGCAAGGCCGGUAAGGACCUCGCCGCGAAUGAUGUUGUUGAAGCUUUGGAAAUGGUACCAGAAUUGCUUGGCGGUUCACCCAGUUAAGACCCAAAUCAUCAGCUCCGGAUUCCUUUGGGGAACUGGAGAUAUUAUUGCUCAAUCCGUCACUCAUUCCGCGGCUAGGAGUCACCACCAUUUACCCGAUGCCGAUGAAGAAUUCAAAAUUAACUGGAAACGGGUUGCCAUUACAAGCAUGUUCGGAUUCGGCUUUGUUGGACCAGUUGGCCAUUUCUGGUAUGAAAAUCUGGACAAGUUUAUUAGACUCAAGCUUCGUAUGCAGCCCAAGUCAAUACCGUUUGUCGCCACUAAAGUGGCAAUGGAUGGCAUAAUAUUUGGUCCAUUUGAUUUGCUAGUAUUUUUUAGUUACAUGGGAUUUUCAAAUGGUAAGAGUGCGACUCAAGUGAAGGAAGAUUUGAAGAGAGACUUUAUACCAGCAUUAGUUCUCGAAGGCGGUGCCUGGCCUCUUGCGCAGAUAGUGAAUUUCCGAUACGUUCCUGUUAGAUAUCAACUUCUGUAUGUAAACGCUUUCUGCUUGCUGGACAGUGCUUUCUUAUCUUGGGUGGAGCAGCAGGAAGACGCAGCUUGGAAGAAAUGGUUCACCCAAUUUUCCCCUUUCGAGAAAGAAGAACGAGAAGAAAGAUGAUUUGCAGAGUAGGUAAUGUUGAUGAAAAGUAGAUGUAACGUUGAGGGAUACGUUUUUGAAUGCCUCUUACACCUUGUUGGCCCUUAUGGGAAACUCAACCAAAGUGGAUAAUCAUUCUUCUUUUUCUGAGAGAAUGACCGGCCAACUCUUUUUUGCCAAUGUUGUUACUUCAAAUUAAUAUUCCAUAAGUUGAAAAAUCAUAUUUGCAGUGGCAUGGAAAUCAAAAAAGCAGCUGGAAGAAGAAUGAUAGGAGGAUAGUCACUAAAACCGGGUAAAAUAAGAGUACGCGAAUUCUGAACACAUCCAAAACGGGGGCCUCGUGUGAUUGCACCACUUUGUUAACCCAUUCAACAUUCUUGUGACGAUUCCUCUGAUUUCUUCGCACACUAUUCC